CCCCUCCUGCUCCCAGUGAAAACUGAGAUAGUGAGGAAAGACCAUGGAGGGAGAAAACUGGACGUGUUAACGUCAGCUGCUCCGCGGCACCUUUUUGCCCACUUUCAAAGCGCCCCAAUGCGGCGACAUCCGGUACGUGUUGCGCGUGCCGGUUAAAGCGUCGGAAACCGUAACAUUGACCGACAGUCCGGCCGAGGUCGGUUAGCUCAACCCGACGAGGGUUAGCCCGCUGCGGCUAACCUAGCCUCUCUGCUAGCAAGAAGCGACACACACACACACACACACACACACACACACACACACACAAAGCAGGCUAGUGGGAAAGUGGCGCCGCGGCGUGAAGUUACUCGUUAUGUUGCCUCCCGGGAUUAACUUCAGAUACGGAUGAGAAGGAGAUCGGUGACCGGGGAACGACGAGAGCGACUGCGAGCCACACGACCACCGCCAUGUCGGGGGUGAUUCGCGGCUCCGGCAGCCCGCCUGAGUCCCGAGGUUGGCCCCACUCGGUGCUGCGGAGGCUCGGGGGCUUCUUCUUCCUCCUGCUGCUGGAGGGGGCCGGCGGCCUCGCCAACCCGAGCGGCACUUCUGGCGUCAACAACAACAACAACAACCAGCCGAGCGUCAACAUAUACAUGAGUGUCGAGGAGGUGAAGAAGCUUUUGGGCCUAGACGCAGAGCUCUACUACGUGCGAGACGACGUGGUGAACCACUACGCGCUCUCCUUCACCCUGCCGGUGCCCAGCGAGACCAACAGCCUCCACUUCUCCUGGCAUUCCAAGACCAAGGUGGACUACCGGCUCGGCUUCCUCAUGGAGAACCCCGUUGCCAUGGACCAGCCGCGGAGCAACAUCUCCACUCAGGGGGAGGUGCCCCGUGUUCCCUCUGUCUUCAGAGUGGACCUCCUCUGUUCCGGCAAAGUGGAUGGAGAGGCCGUUUUGACGGUGCAGCUCAAUCUGACCGUCCACGCCAACAACUACACAGUGCUGGACUUCAAGAGGAGGAAAAUGUGCUACAAAAGAUUAGACGACCAGAAGAGUCCCGUCCCCCUCAACAACAGCACUCUGCCACGGCCGGACUAUGGCGUGACCACCACCCCCACCACCUCCACCCAGGUGUUCUACAUAAGCGUCAGUGUCUGCUGCAUUGUCAUCUUCCUGGUGGCCAUCAUCCUGGCCAUCCUGCACCUGCACAGCAUGAAGAGGGUGGAGAUGGAGGACAGCGUGAGUGACAGCGGCAGCUCGCAGGGCCUGUCCCAGCCGUCCACCCAGACCACACAGUACCUGAGGGCGGACACUCCGAACAACGCCGCCCCCGUCACCAACAAUCACCCUGGUUCUGCACCCAUACUCCAGCUUGCUGCCACCUCCUUCCAAAACCCCGGCGCCCCCCCACACGAAACCAAAAGUUACCCAUCCCUCCGGAUUGAGAAGAACGACCUGAGGAGCGUCACCCUAAUGGAGGCCAAAGCUAAGGUGAAAGACAUCGCCAUCUCCAGGGAGAGGGUCACAUUACGGGACGUCCUGCACGAAGGCACGUUCGGGCGCAUCUUCCACGGCGUGCUGCUGGACGAAAAGGACCCCAGUAAGGAAAAGGAGGUCUUCGUGAAGACAGUGAAAGAUAAUGCGUCUGAGGUGCAGGUGACCAUGAUGUUGACUGAAAGCUGCAAGCUUCGUGGACUUCAUCAUAGGAACCUGCUGCCCAUAAGUCACGUGUGCACAGAGGACGGAGAGAAGCCCAUGGUGCUGCUGCCUUUCAUGGCUUGGGGGAAUCUCAAGCUAUUCCUGCGGCAAUGCAAGCUCGCUGAGGCCAACAACCCGCAGGCGAUCUCUCAGCAGGACUUGUUUUACAUGCCCAUCCAGAUCGCCUGCGGGAUGAGCUACUUGCUUCGCAGGGAAGUCAUUCACAAGGACUUCGCCGCCAGGAACUGCGUCAUUGACGACAACAUGCAGGUGAAGAUAACGGACAACGCUCUUGCCCGGGACCUAUUCCCCAUGGAUUACCACUGUCUGGGGGACAAUGAGAACAGGCCAGUCCGCUGGAUGGCCCUGGAGAGCUUGCUCAACAACGACUUCUCCAGUGCGAGCGACGUGUGGGCCUUCGGCGUGUCGCUGUGGGAGCUGAUGACUCUGGGUCAGACCCCCUACGUCGACAUCGACCCCUUCGAGAUGUCGGCCUACCUGAAGGACGGCUACCGGAUAGCACAACCAAUCAACUGCCCCGAUGAACUGUUCGCGGUGAUGGCGUGCUGCUGGGCCCUGGACCCGGAGGAGAGGCCCAAGUUUCAGCAGCUUGUUCAGUGUCUCACGGAGUUCCACGCGGCGUUGGGCGCUUACGUGUGAGAGCCAGCGCCGCCUCCUCUCGGGAGCGAAGGACGUUGACGCGGAAGGCUGGUGGACACUGACCAUAAGGAAUCCAUGUAUGAUAGCGUGCCUUAUCCGACCACACAGCAGACUUCCGUCCUCAUGGUUUCAUUCUGUACAGUUCUUCUCGGAGUUUUUAUAUAGUUGAAAUCCUUUUUUAUAGCAAAGUAAAAGGAUCCUUUUGUUGAAUAUUGUUUUGUGUGCUUCCGAAGCGUCCGCAGACGAGGCGACCACACUGCUCUGUCCUUGCGUUGCUGGACUCAAAGCCUCCGACAAGCUGGUUUUAAACGCAGCGCUUUGAACCGUUUGGUAAGCUGGUGAUCAGAUGUGCCGCGGUGGACCGGGGGGGGCUUCGUUUGGAUGUGUGCCGCGCUGCUCCCCGGAACCCCCGCGCUCGGUGCCAGGGGCCUCUCGGAAACCACUCGAGUUUGUCCCGAGGAUUUCUUCACGGAAGGUACGCCGUGGCAUCGGGAGGCCUCCGUGGACGGGAGCAGAGCUACACACGGGAUUUCUUUUGCGAAAAACAUCCGGACGGACAUUUUGACCGCUGUUAUUUUUCAGAUGCCUCCACCUUCUUCCUCUUUUUGUACUUUUUUUAUCGUCCACACUCCCUCCCCUCGAACAGGCCUGUCGCUGCGUCUUCAUUGUAUAAGCUUGAUUGUUCUGUGUCAGAACGCAGCCCGCCUCAGGAUUCCUCUUCCUGACUGAUUCCACGGUGACUAGAACACGGAGGAUCACUGUGAACGCAGAAGAACUGCCGACCUGCUCGGCCUGGUCCCGUUUCCCCGCCGCGGACAUCGUUGGGAUGUGCCUUUUAUUCUCACUGCAUGUUGAAUUAAGGUUUUUUAUUUUAUUUUUUAUUUUUUUUACUUCCCGAUUUCAUAUCAACAAAUUAAAUGGUAUCUUUUAAAUAUACGUCUUUCUUCCAUUUGUGUUUCGCAUCGUAUGAGCACCGCAGCUCUCGUCUGGUACCUGAUGUUUGUUUUGUGCCGCAGAGCGUUUUGGUACAAGGAGCAAACCGUAAUACUAUUCAAUAGCUCCUGCAGCUUUGUGACGGAAAUAAGCAUCCACACACGAAAUGCUUGGGGGCUUUCCUCUGAUUUUCCGAUGGAGCUGCUUUGGUUUAGUUUCUUUAGCUUUGGCCGAAGUUAAUGUCACACGCGAAACACUGCGAUUCUUUGCGGUGUUGUAAUGGAGUUUUGUAACGUGUGUGCGCGGCCUCUUACAUGCUAUCGGCGUGUGUGUGGCUGGCGUUCUGCAGCGGGUCUCUGACAAGAACCGCAAAAUCCCAUUUGAGCGGCUUGAUUUUAAAAUGUUGUUUUGUUUAAAUUAAAACCAGCAAUGGACAAUUA